AUGCAUCGUUUGUGGAAUCAGGAUCUUGCUGCUGUCCUGAACUUCCGACAUAUACUUAACAAUUUGAGAUAUGAUGGGAUUAUACCUGUAAGGUUCACCCGCGUUAUUCGGAUUGGACGUAUCAGAAGACAAGCAGAAGAAGAUCUCCAGGAGGGUCGUCGACCCACCCAAGCUACCGCUGAGGGAACUUCACAGGUUUUCAAUGGGGUUCAGAUUAAGGCUUCGAUCAGGGCUAUCGCUAAAAGCGUUUUUGAUAUUACGUCUCCUUCCACUAUCAAAGAUACCCGUAAGUCGGUGCUCCAGAAAUUUUGUCCUUUCUGGUCAAUCUCUAACGAUGUGUGA